GCUAUGAUGGAUUACACUUGCACUUAGCUAUGACACAAUGGCGGGAAGAAACAGCGAUCGUCUGUCUUGGUUGACAAGUGACAAAGAGAAUGACAAAGCCCCUGUUGGUAAUGCUAGAGCUAGUAUUUAUGAGAAGUUCAAGUUAUGGGGAUUACUUAGUGAAACGGAAGCUGAGAAUGCCGAGAGAUACUACACAAGGAAGAUGGCAGACACUUUUGUCAUCACUGGAACUCGACCUCCUUCUUCUUCUUCAGGAAGUCGGCCUCGCAGCGGCUACCGUAAAGUGAGCAACACAGCGGAAGUGGACGAAACUCUGUUUAGAUCUCACAAUUUUACACAGGUACACGACAGUCAGAGUGGUACAUUCCCAUUCCAAACAAAAACUCCAAAGGAAAAGAAGAGAGGCCCACCCUUGCUCUGGGCUCCUAGCCCAUCUGAGCAAAAACCUAGUAAUUACCAUAAUUUUAAACCUCGCAUCAAUCACACAAGUGAGUCACAGAGGUACAGAUUUCACAACCACAAACCCACAUUUGUUGAUGAAACUCUCUUUGGUCAUAAGCUGGAAGAGCCAUCGUUUGAAGCUCCAUGGGCAGAAAAGAAAAGGAAGCCCGCCCCACUAAACUGGGCACCUCAAGACUUCUCUUCAUCAAGGCAAAUGACUCAAGCUAAUGCUAACAAUAGUAAUGAACCAUUUUCUCUGGAUGGGAGGCCACCUUCAAGACAAGGGAGGCGACCUGCGAGCACCAGAAACCGUCCAUGCACGGUAGAAAGUGUAGCAAGCUCAAGGUCUUAUUGGAAGCCAUGAAUCAUGUACACAGAACCAAAGGUCUGGUUAAUUUUUUUUCUGAUCCUUGUACACCCAGUGUCAGUAUUUGUUUUAUGAAUCCAUAGUUGACUAUUCAUUUUCUUUUUUUUUUUGUCCAUUUCAGAGUUUUUUUAUGUAAAAUGGAUCCAUGUAUAUGAGAAAUGUAUUCUUUAAAGAUGACUGGUUUAUUGUGAGACAAAAUGAGAGAAAGCAACAUUGUUUUU